UCGGUAUCAGAACUCAAAAGAUCUCAAGAUACCUACUGUAGGUAUAUAUAAUUUUAAAUUGAUAAAAUUAAUAUUGGCCUAUAAAUCAAUGGAAAAAGAAAAUCGCCUUGCAUGACGAACAUUGCGAAUACAAAAUCAUAGAGCCGCAUGCUUUAACAAUAGACAAAUGAGAAAUGUCAAAUACCAGCCGACACGACACUUCGUGAUUCGUGAUUCGUUUCGUCUCGUAAUCGUGUAAACAAAUCCAACAUUACCAAUGUGAAAUGCCGCCUGUUCAUCAUAAAAUAUCAGUAACGCAAGAACAAUUGUCUACAUUGGUGGAAUUUAUGGAAAGCUGAAUUUAUAAAACGAAAGAACGAAAACCAAACUUAACAAUUCAUAAUCAGCCUCAAAGUAAUAUUAUAUACGUGGAUAAAGACCAAAUAUUUGAAUGACAAAGUAAAUAAUAUGUAAUGUUUCCUAUCAAGGCAUGGCGACUUGAGUAUUAUUAGCGGAAAAAGUGCGAGAAAUGUUCUUUUAUGGAUGGAACUCAUUGGUAUACUUAAUCAAAUUGGGGUUGGCCCACGAAAAACCUUAGAGCAGUGGAAAAAAACCUGGUCUGAUCUAAAAUAUAGAACGAAGGAAAAAGUUCUGAAAAUACAGCAAGCAUCUAGUUCACGUCGUCGCAAUUUAUCUGCCCUAACACAAGUAGAGGAAAAGGUUUGCGAAAUAAUUAAGAAUAAUCGACGGUGUCUCCAGGAACCAAAUGAGGAAAUACAAACCACAGAAGAACAAAAAGAUAGUCUGGAAAACGAGGAAAAUGCUGAUCCAGUAUUCAUUGAGUUUAUAGACCAUACUGAAAGUUUCUCACCAGCACAUAAAGCCGAAAAUUCACCAUCACCUUCACCAUCGUCUCAACCUGACACAGAAUUAAGAAGAAAACGAAAGCGAUCUAAUUCUUACGAAGAUUCAAAUGAAUUCAUUAAACAUGAAAGUACUUCCUUUAACAACGCAACAAGUAACGCAAUUAAUGUUGAAGAAGAAAAUCGAACAAUACAAUAUCAUCGUCAGUUAAUAGAAUUAAAAAGACUGGAGUUAGAAACUCUACGAGAAAACAACCUACACGAAAGAGAGAAAGAGCGCGCUCAGAUUUACAAAGAAAAAAUCAAAGAAACGAUAAAAAUUCAACAACAAAUAGUAUCAUUUUUGCAGGACAUAAAACCAGCUCUUAUUAACUUUCUUAAUAAAUAAAUUUGUUUUAUGUAUGACUGAGAUA